AAGAAACCGACGCUCGACGCGAAGGCGCUCGAGCGCGUGCGCGCCGAUCACGCGCGACGAGGGGUGGUGUUCCUCGGGACGAUCCCGCCGUUCAUGAAACCGACGAAACUGCGACAGUUGCUGAGCGUGUACGGGGAGACGGAUCGAAUGUACUUGGCCGCGGAGGACCCGGCGACGCGGGCCAAGCGGAAAAAGUUUGGAGGAAACACGGGGAAGAAAUACGUGGAGGGAUGGGUGGAAUUUCGGAAUAAGAAGGAUGCGAAACGCGCGGCGGAGAUGUUGCACGGGCGGGAGGUCGGAGGGAAGCGCAGGAGCGCGCAUUAUUACGAUUUGUGGAACAUUAAAUACCUGCCAAAGUUCAAGUGGGACAACUUGACGGAGGAGAUGGAAUAUCAAAAAGCGCUUCGAGAGAAGAAGCUGCAGCUCGAGCUGUCGGUGGCGAAGAAGGAGCGAGACUUUUAUCUGGCCAAGUUGGAUCAAGGCAAGGCGUUGGAGGCGAUGAAGGAACGGCGGGCAAAACGGCGA